AAACGACCUUGUCAAUUCCAUUGGCGCUGUUACGAUGUUAGUUUGAGCCAAGAUGUUUCCCGUUGGCCAAGGGAAAUAUGAAUGUUUGGUUAAUGAGUAUGACCAUUCACACCCAGAUCCAAAUCUAAGAGGAACUCAGAGUUUCCAGAACAGAAAAGGAGCAUGGGAUCAUAUCCAAAAUUUGGAUCAGUUUUUCUCGGACAUUUACAAAUAUCAUCAGAGUGGGGGUUUCACUGUGAUUCUUUUGGCUCAAAUAUUAUGGCUCGUUAAAUUCAUAUUUGUCAUUUUUAUCACAAUUGAAUUAUCUGUAUGCACAAGAUGGAGUUAUUUAACAAAUAGCAGUAUAUUGGUUCAAAGCUGGACUGAUGUCUUUCAACCACCGAAUCAAUGUUGGGCCUCACUACCAUUUUUUGCGUCACUUCUAGUUGUUGGUUCUGUGAUGACAAUUAUAGUUCAAAUCAUAUUUGUUAGUAUUCGAUUAAGUAGAUUUUGGGAAAUUCGACGAUUUUGUACCUAUAUAUUAAAUAUGCCAUCUAGUGAUGUUGGAUUAGCUGAUUUAACAUGGUCCGAAGUACAACAACGUUUACUUCAAUCACAGUGUGAUUUUCAAUUUUGUGCGUACAAAGUUAAUUUAGAUGAAUUAGAUAUAUAUAAUCGUAUACUUCGGCAUAAAAAUUAUUUAAUUGCAAUGAUUAAUCAAGAUAUUAUUCCUAUCAGAUUUCGUAUACCUUCUAGUUUAAAUCCUCAAAUGGUUUAUUUACCUGAUGGUUAUCUACUCAAUUUGAAACUUAUCUUGUUUUGGACACCAUGGUCACCUUUUCAUAAUUAUUGGCAGUUGAGAGCUGAUUAUAAAUGGGUUACUAAACGUCAUGAAUUAGCUGUUGAACUAGCUACUCGUAUACGUAUUCUUGGAUUGAUCAAUCUUCUUAUGGCUCCUGUAAUCUUCAUUGCUCAAUUAGUAACGUUUAUAUGCGCUCAUGCAGAACGUUUUCGAUAUCAACCAUCUACAUUUUUUGGACGGCGUUGGUCUAAUUAUGCCCGCUUGUAUUUACGACAUUUCAAUGAACUUCAACAUGAAUUUGAAACACGUUUGAAACAAGCAUAUAUUCCAGCUUCUCGAUAUCUUGACAGUUUUGUAUCACGACCACUUACAGUUUUAGCUGAGUCAGGAGCUUUUAUUUUCGGUGGUGCUUCAGUAGCCUUUUUUAUUGCUGGUCUUAUACGUGAACAAAUGAUCCAUUUGCCUGGAUAUUUAGCUAUACUAGUUGGUGGUGGUUUAUUGGCUAGAUCAUGUCUUUCGUUAAUUCCAGAUGAGAAUAUGGUUUAUUGUCCGCGUAAUUUAUUAGUUUCAACCCUGAUGCGUAUCCAUUACAUGCCAGAUCAUUGGAAAGAACAAGCUGGCACACAUCAAGUGAGGUCGGAAUUUUCACAAUUGUUUCAGUAUCGUAUGGUAGGCCUAUUGGAAGAGUUAUUUUCACCAAUUAUUACACCUUUAAUUCUUAUUUUUAUUCUUCCUAAUCAUACUCUCGAAGUUGUUGAUUUUCUUCGAAAUUAUACUGUUGAAGUUCCUGGUGUUGGAGAUGUAUGCAGCUUUGCACAGCUGGAUAUACGUCGUCAUGGUGAUCCUAUGUGGCAACCAAAUACAGAAAGUAGCGGUGACGAUCAAAGUGAAACAGAUAAUGAUGAUCAUACAAAUGCAAUUCACUCUUGUUCGAGGAAAACUAUCAGGUCUAGUAAACGGGCAGAAGAGAUAACUCCAGCAUAUAACUCUAAUGAACAGAAUGAAAAUACUGCACAAACUAAUCAUGGUGAUUCAAUUCAACACAGUGCUGCUGGUGGUAAAAUUGAACUUAGUCUUAUGCAUUUCCAUCUUACUAACCCAUCUUGGCGACUUCCACCUGAUGGUUUGGCUUAUCUGAAAUCAAUCAGAAAUCAAGCAUUAUUGGACCUACAACAACAACAGCAGCAUUUAGAGCAAUUCCAAGAUAGUUGCAAAAAUAAUACUCAAACUUCGAAAAUUACUUCACAACCAACCUCGGGAAUGUUCUCAACUCUGUAUGGAACACAAGAAAGUGCAAUGACUAGUAUAUAUCGAAGUACACACCCUCACCUUCCCAAUGCACCAUGUAUUGAAAGUUCAGGUGUCCUGAAAAAUGUUUCUCAUUUACCAGGUUCUGGACUACUAUCUGAAAAUACCUAUGGUAUUGUAGGAGCUAUGGCUGAAUCUAUGAGAAGUUCAGGAUCUCAGUCAAUGUAUCGUUCCGGUUCCAAUCUCCGUGAACCUCAAGUACCAGAACCUAAUGUAAGAAGGGUUUCUCAUAGUGAUAGUGGUACUAAUACAUUACCAUCAUGUACCAAUUACAACGUUGCAAAGAUUUCCCCAGAAACUAAUAUUGUGCCACAGAAACCUAAUUCAGAAAUGAUUAGAUCUCAGCUUGGUCCAGCCGUAUUUAAUUAUUCUAUGCUUGAUGGACCUACACCUAUAACCAUGAGCUUGAUGGCAGCAUCAGCACUGCAUUCUGCUGAUAACAUGGGUCUUCCUUUUUACCAACCUUAUAAUUCGCAGAUCGAGGAUGGUUUAAGCCAGCAUACCGGUUUUAAUAACAGCCUCAUUGGAAGUGUAGGAGGCCGCCGCUGCACAGUAACUGACGUACUAACAGCAGACAUGUCAGUAAGUGCUCUUUAUAUUCACGAGCUUUUCCAUAGAAGACGACAACAACGACAGAACCACGAUUCGAGUCGGGGCUAUAGUUCACAGCGUGGUAUGACAGGUAGUACUCCUGGUGCCGAUCCCGGAAACAAUAAAACUUUUCCCUCUACACAGUCAUCAAACCCACUAGGUGUAGGUGUUUACUCUACAUCUGGAUACUUACCUAGUUAUCAGUUGCCACAUGUUUCAUUUGCUCCGACUACAUUUACUAGUAACUCAGCCACUCUACCAGAAUCAAGAAAUACAGUUGAACGUGGUUCUCUUUAUCCCACCUCACCAUCUUGUGAGCCUGGAAUAAUUAGAACGCCUUCAGAUGGACGCAGAAUACCUUCAGCACAUUUUACAGAUGUCACAGAAGAAGAUGAUGAAAAUGUUGGGACGCCUAGAUCGUGUAGAGAUACAAACGUUUCUGCCUAUAUAACAGGAAAUGAGUCACAUAUAAUUCGUUAUCCAAGUGGUCAAAUAACUACAGGGGGUGGUAUCAUUACUCUGUCAGGUAGUCCAUCGGUACGACCUCAGCAUGGUCUGUCAUACCAAAAUAUACAACAAACAAGUGAUCCAAGUUUGGGUUCAGUUCCUAAUAUUGAUAGUGAUCCAGUAUGGCCUGAUUUGCCUCCAACUAAUUGUUAAUCUUAUUAUUAUACACACAAGUCGGUGUUUGGGUGUUCAACUGUGUAAAGUGGUAAAUGGAUAUAGUUUUAACUUUAUCUCACCUACCCAAUCACUAAUAGUAAGAAUAACAAUGAAGUGAAUCACCAUUAAUUUAUUUCAAAUAAGUUUUUAAGCACUCAGUAGCACAUGCAUCCAUUCAUAUUUCUUUACUUUCUAUUUGCUUGAUUACCCUAGCUAAGGUGUAUUUCAACCUAUCCAAACUACCAAAUUAAAAUUACAUCCACAUUAGAUUGAACAUAUUUUUGCUAAAUUCCUUAAACUUGCUUUAUUAAUUAUGUUAACAUCACUUCACUUCCUUUUUUGAUGCAGCUAUAUAUAUGAGGUGACUUUCGGUAACGCAAUAAUAGUUUAAAUGUUGUUAAUUGUUUUUAUUUGUAAUCCCUAUGCAAUUUGUUGAACUCUUGUAAAUAGGUUUAUAUUUUACCAAAAACGGAAACUCCCAUAGUGUUUUGUUUUCGUAUAUUUUUGAUUAUUUAAUGGUCCCAGUCAUUUUUCCUAAUCUAAAUUAAUAAAAUACAACCCAGCACAACAAGUGUAUUGGUUCAUUUCGACAUAUUUUGGAAAAAAAACUGCAAAAUUAAUUAUGAGAAACUGAUCUGUUAAUUUUAUGAUUUAGAGCUAGAUAAAUAGUGAAUCCCUAUAAUGAUGUCAGUCUCAAAUCAUCCGCUUCUAUUGUCGUACGAAUCUCUAUGAGUACUUUUUUCAGUUUAUAAUGUUAAAGAAAAUAUGCAACCACGUUAUGAGUUGUAUAACGGCUAAGUCAAACUUUUGGAUUUUCUCAUAGUUUACAACUGUUGAAACAAGCACUAGGCUUCUACGCAAGAGGUAUGCUUAUGUGUAACAUAUUUUAAAUAUCUCAUUUCAUUUAAUGACCUACUAAAUUACAUAAAAACUACUUUUCACCGAAUUAUCUUGACUCAGAUAUAUCAGUUGGAAAGCCUCGUUUAUUAUAAGUAUAACUAGUUUUUCCGUCGCAAUGAAUCUCUGCAUUAAUACGAAAAAUGCAUGUUAUUUUCAUUUAUUUUCACGUAGCCAUCUUACUCAGCUAAAAUUAACAUGUUAAUAACAUAAAUGGUAAACUCAGUCGACAAUUUUCUUCUUAGCAUGUGCUUGUUCAUGUUUUAUUCGCUACCAGAAGUAAUAUCCAUUAAGUUUCUAAAAAUAUAUUCUAAAGGAUUGCCUCAUUAUUGAGAAACUGUUUUACAAGUACUACUGGCCUUAGUUUUUCGAUGUAAAAUCACCAUAUUUCUCUAUAUUUUAGGAGAUAUACCUGCACUCUGAAUUAUUGUUCAGUUAUGUAGCCAAGCUAUUCAAAGAAAUUUAAAUAUUCUUCCCGUAAACCAUCAGGGUACAGUGAAUAAGACAAUAUACAGGCUUAGCACUUCGAGCUAUUAUGCAUGUGUUAGUACACUUCGCAACAUUAAAAAAGCAAUGACUCAGCAACCGUAACACACUUCACGACCACUUGAGUUAUAGAAAGCUCUGAACAUCAAGCGAUCUACUCUUAUUGUACAAGAACUGUAUGUCGUCUCGAAAUGAGUAGGUCUGUAGUGAACAAAAACACAGGUGGGGACAAUCGAAUGUGUUUAGCACAAAAAUUACAGACUAUCUCAAUAAAAUCUGAAUACCAUAAAGUCAAUCGUCAAUUUGCAAAAUAUCAAUGCAUCAUAUCAAACUGGACUGUUUCCGUUGCAAACACUAAUCCAUUGUCUCCCAUUCCAUUGUGUUCUCGCUCUUCCUUUCUUGAUCUUCCCCAUUUUCUGCUGCCAGACAUCACGUUCUUUUAACUCACGUUAUAUACUACUCAUAUCAAUAUAAGUAGCUCACACCACAGGUUCACUACACGCGAAGGCAUUUUAAAUACAUGUGUGCUCAAGUGUUUGUGUUUUUCAUCCAUCCUCAACAAGCAUGUUUUAAACACAAUCCGAUUUUAAUGUUAAAAAUGAAUAAUUACGAAAAAACUGGUUCAUGUCAUCUAAAAAUAAAUGUUCAGUCAGUAAGUUAGAAUGAUAAAACCACGUCUCGCAAGUAUAGGAUGUAUGUCGGAUUAUUUCUCACGACGCGCCAACCCCUAUGUUGUCUUAACUUUUUUGUAUAACAGAUAAUUAUUCUAACUAAAAGAUCUAAAUCCUCGAAACUGAAAGCAAACAUACCCGCCUCUGACAGGAUUAUCUAAACGAAUUAUAACAAUGAACUUAUUUAUUGCUACUACUCAUUGUCGUUAGCUCAGAUUUUAGCAUUAUAUUGAUGUGUGAUGGUGAAGUUAACAUAUUAUUGGUCAUUGAACGUGGACAAACAGCUAUAACCUACGGACUAUUAAAUGUGAUUUUUCUUCUGAUCGUUGGUUUUUAUUCUGGACUCACUGUAUGUGACUGAUUGUAAUUGUAUGGGAUAAAGUAUUCUCUGGUGUUAAUCUGGUUCUCUGUUUAGGUCGCGAAUCCUGGUUCUGAUAUAACGUGAUUAGUCUUAUUAACGUAUUGUCGUAAUAUACGUACGAAAAAAGAAUAUUGUAAACCAUCCCUUAUAUCAUAUGUUCGAGUGAAUACUUAGGAAUCACAUGUUUCAUCGACACUCGAGUCAGACACUUAUACGUAAUCUCCCAGCUGAAAAAGUGGAAUGCCAUCUUGAUGUGGAAAAAUAUGGUCCAUGUAGAGGGCACGAAGCUGUGCUCACAAUAAUCUGACUGAUAACAUCUGAAAUUUGCAUAGUUUCCUCAGACUUAUAUAAACUCCUACUAUAUAUAUGACGAGUGUGAAUCCUAAGCAUUUCGAAACCUACAGGCAGAGGCUAAGGCCCAGUAACUAACACAGAAAUGGCGCUAAACCCUCCAACAGGACCAAAGUAACUCAAUACUCUCAUAACUACCAACCUAGCUUACUUAACCUUAUUUCGAAACCAAGUGGUAGCUCUUUCUGCUGAUGAUCACUAAUAGUAAUGUGAUUUAAAUGAGUUAAGACAUUACUUGGUUUCGGUUGCUACUAUUUCUUUGUGCUUAAAGUUGACGCUGUCUGAGAAGAAAUGAUUAUCUAAGCGAACAUCACGAGAUGGUCUUUGUCGCCUCUUUUCCAGAAUCAGAAAAUACCAUUAGGACUACCAUUUACCGGGAGAAAGCACUAUAUUCAUAUCCAAUCCAUAGUAUGACCUCAUUCUUGAACCCCAUCAAAGCGUGAUAACUCAACCCUACGACAGUUGCCUGUAAGUUCCCUAUUCUUUAAGCGAACUUAGAUGUCUAGUAAGACCUUAAACUAGUGUCCUAUAAUCAGUAUAUAACUUCACUGAUUUACAGAGACAAAUACGGUUAUUCCCACCGACAAGAUAAAGUUUCGGUUAGACAAUUAUAACCACAUGUAAUGAAAUUUAGCUGAAUGGAAUUUUAGUCUAGAAACCAAAACUGUAUCUGAUUUUUCAAACAGAUUCACGAUAACCGACUAAAACAAUAUUAUCCUUCAACAAAUACGAUCUUUUUUAGAACAAUGCUCAUUGUGUGAAAAACAUCCUCCUGAUUGUAGAGUGUCUUUUGCAAUUAAAUCAAAACUAAUCGAAAAUAAUAAUGGUUUAUUAUGCACGGUCAUAGAAAUAUCGACUGAUAGAAAAAGUCCAACUAGCUAAGAAAUCAUGUUUGUUCCAUAAGUGAAAUUCAUUAUAAAAACUCAACCAAUUGAAUACAUAGCGUCAAAUUAGCAGAUAAGAAAUUGCAAAUUCGUGAUAGCAAACACUCAUUGGGUUGUUGUAGUUAACUCUAACCUUUGUUGUAGCGCUUUCCAGGACUUUUCAACUUGAUACUGCGAACAUUCUGGGUCCCAUUCUGUACUUAGAAUUACAUGAGCAUAGUCGAUAGGACUUUUCUGAGAACAAUACUGACCUGCUUCAAACCAAGUGUACCCACCAGUCACUUCAGCAACAGCAGAAGCUUGUCGUGCAAGACGUUCUGAUGCUGCUUCCGGACUUAAAUUGUUCCUCUCACACAGCCGGCGCUGAGCUUCUGUUUGGGAUAAAACUGUUAACCAUACCUGAAGAUUGAAAAAAUUGGAGGUUGAAAUAGUUCAACACAUUCUGAACGUCUUUGGUCAACUAUGGGCCGUUCAUCUGUCUAUUAGUCAAUAAACGUGGCGACCCCCUAGCAGACCUGACCGUGUCUUGGAUUCUGUCGUAUGUUUUCCAGCAUCAACUACUGAGUAAGUUGACAUUUGCACUACAUUUAGUGCUGAGUACCUGUAGCAGCACUCACAUUUAGACCACUAAUAUAACACCCAUGUGUGUUUAAUUAAACUGUAAAUCUAGGGUAGAAGGACUGGUUAAUUCUACUGUCAUGCAUUUUGGUUAGCCUCUUGCAAAAAACUAUGAUUCACAUGAUAAAUCCUCGGAAAAGAGAUCUUAGGGUCCCUAUUAUCUGAUUACUACCAUAUUUCAUGGUUCCGUAUACGAAUACUUUAUUGCCACUGUUAAGACGAUAAUAACAUACAAUUUAUUCAAGACACGAAAAUAUAUCUACAAUUAAACAACUCAAGGCUUCGGUUUCGAUCCCCGACGGGGUCUUUGCUGCGCACCGUUGAGGAGUCAAUCCCAUACUAGAAUGAAAGAGCUGUCCAGUCCUCCUUAGUCUUUAGUGGUUGUUUAAGGUGCAAUGUUAAUAAAAAAGUAACCAAUAUAAUGAAUAGAACGUACCUCGUGGCACAUUUCAUCCCACCUAGCCUGUAAAAGCACCGCUGCAUCUAUAAUAAUAACCGGACGUUUAGGAUCCCGAUCUUGUUCUAAUGCUUUACAUUCUAUUUCUUUUACAACUGUCAGAAUUUUUUUUAAUAUUUCAGGCCAAACUAUGGAAUUCAGAUCUUUCAGUUGAGCAGGAUCAGAAAAAACUAGCCUUCCUAGUAGGCCUCUGUCUAUUGCAUAGGGUGGCACUGGAGAUGCAAUUUUUUCUCGUCCAAAAUGAGACAAAAGAGCUUGGUGGCAAGGAGUACCAGGACUGUAGAUUCAAGCGACAAAAAAGCAAUAUCUAUUUGAGCAUUUUAAUGUGUAGGGUCAAAAAAGCAUUGAAAAAAGUCUUCAUCUAGUUUAAAUCUUAUCGAGACCACGAACAGAUCUCAGCUAGACAACGACUAAAAACCUGUAAGUACUGGAUAGGACUUCUCAACAGUAUUCAUUUACGACAGGAAAUCGGACCUAAAACCUUCAAUCUCGUGCGUAAACGCCUAAUCUUCAGGCCAAUCAGAAAAGAUUUGAUCGUGUACAAGUCCAAGUCAAAUCAAUUCAAUUUAAAUGUAUUAUUGAGAUUUACUGUUGUACAUAUUCGAAUAAGACGCUUUUCUGUAAUUUCAUAAGCAUUGAAAAAAAGACAGUUAAAACAGAAAUCUAAACCAAGUAUAUUAAACAGCUAAAAACAAAAAUACAUUGAAUUUAAUAAGUAGGUUAAAAAAUUUGUAGAG